AUGCUCUUCAGGUCGCUUGUCUGCGCCGCUGCUCUCGUCGGCACCGCAUUCUCAUCUCCUGCGCCAAGCAAACUCCAGGAGCGCAAUCUGCUCGGGCAAGUCAUCGAUGCUCUGAACCUCGGACUGGUCUCGGACAACAAGGUCUUUUUGACGCUGGCUACCCUGACAAACAAUCUCGUCUCUAUCAACUUCGACGUGAAGAACGUCCUCCCCUUCGAACUGACUAUCGACUCGAUCAGCGUUUCCGCAGGUCUUAACGGCACCGUCUUCGCCGCAUUCAAUCACACCUUCUCCGGCGGCGCCAGUCUUAAACCGGUCGUCGUGCCCGGCUUCGGCGGCACGAAGAACUCCGGCAACAUCACCAAUGUGCUCCUCACGCAAGGCGUAGACAAGUCGCUCGCGAUCGUCCCGUUCGGCGUGCUCGAUCUCAUCAACGUGGACGUCAACGUGCGCGCUCUGACUAUCCUGGGAUUUGGCGGCACGCCUCUCCAGAUCACCGGUCUGAAGCAGGCGAGCGUGCCCACAACAUACUCCUUGGACCUCAGCUGA